UUUUUCUCGUCUUGUGCAAUAUGAAAGUUGCGUUCCGAUAUUCACUCGCAAGUACUAGAAAAUCUAUAAUGUACGUGACCUGAACUAUAUAUUUUCAGUACUGGCAGUGAAUAUCGGAACGCAGCUCAAAGGUUCGCGUGUUACAUGAGGGAAAUUCAAAACAAAGGCAGGUACUCGCCACGCGAUAAUCGGAGGAUCGCGUCUGUGUGUUGUCGAGCCGGGAAAGAUCGAAGGGGAUCCAGCUUGCGAAUUCAUCUUGUUUCGCCGGCUGUUCUCGCGUUCCGAGUGACGACAUUCGAGAGGACAGUUGCAGCUUCUUUCGGAGACGAUCGUGCAGAGAUCGAGAUGAUUCGAGAUUAUUAUAGUAAAUAAAGUGCGACUAUGAGUGACGCGAUGAGAGCCGAACGUGGUGCGAUCAUGGAACCAUCGACGAUCGACAGCGCCGAGGAGGAGUCUGACGAGUUGUUCUCAGAUGACGUAGCAAAAGAGAGAGAUUAGGCCGGAUGUCUCCCGGGAUACCUCGGUUUUAGUCGGUCCGAGACACCUUUGUCGCUGCUUGACAGUUUUAACACAAUGCCAACCGAUGCCGUAAUUCCGUCUACACCAUUGAGUCUGUUGCCUUUUAUAAAUAAAAAUGACCAGUGGUCUAGUGAUUUAGAGACACCGCAAGCUGAGCCUCAAGUGAAAUUGAGAAUCAAAUCAACAGGAAAAACAGAGGAAACACCAAAGCUCGAACAGCACACACCUGACGUUUUGGACAAAAUUAUUUCUGAUUCCCCUGUUAUUGCUAGAGCGACACGGAGACGCUCCAAGCGUCGUAUAUUUAGAUCUUCUAUAUCUAUAGACUCAUCGGCUGUGACUAACAAUGAGGAUAUUACUGUAGAAGUAGAAACACCUGCUAUUUCUAACAAUACUAAUUUUGCAUCGCGAGAUGAUAUUGCACAUGUUGCGAAAUCUGAUCCAUCCGUUGAGAAUGUUUUCAAAGAUCAUAAGCUGCAAGUUCCCAAUAAAGGCCAAGACACAUGUAAUAAUGAGAAUUCAGAAAAUUUUAACCCAGUACCUGACAGCUCAAAUACAUCAACCCAAGAAUUCUUUAAUGAUGUCUCCUUUAGUAAGAUAGACGAGUUAUGCUUCGAUGCUUUUGAUGAUCGAAGAGCGACAGAAACUUUUGUCACAAGUUGUAACUAUAAAUGGAAUAUCGAGGGUAUGGAUAAAGGAAUAAAUGUCGAGGAGAAUAAAAGUAUAGGUUUUUUUACCGGUCAUGGUGCUUCAAUCAAUGUUUCUAAGCAAGCAUUAUUUAAAGCAAAGAGAUUGUUCGCAGAAGCUUUUGAUACAGAUGAAAUACAAACGCGAAAUUAUGAACCAUUCGCUAAAAGGAAUAAACAAAUAAAUAGGCAUUUACCAUCCUCUUCAUUCGUCAAUAUUUCCAGCAACACUAGGGAAGAAGCUUUAUCCAAACCAAAGCCAUCUAGAGAGCAACCAAAAAAUUACGAUGUUACAGAUUGCAAAAAAUUAUUUACAAAUGAAACUUUUAGCGAAGAAGCCAGUAAAGUCCCUGUUUUCCUUUCAACUGCUAGCGGCAAUCCGAUUAAUAUCUCCAAAGAAGCAUUGUUAAAAGCGAAAACAUUAUUAGCGGAUGAAUCAGACAAUGUCGAUGAUGAUGUAUUUAAAAAAUUCUAUGAGAGAUCGGAUAACAAUUCUAUGACGAUAAAAAAUGUAGCUGUACCAUCUUUUCCUGCGACUAAUAUUAGACCUAUCGCUACUUCAGGAAAAUCCAAAACUUUAUUCGCAGAACAAUUAAAUGCUGCCAUUGAAUCCACUUCUAAUAAAACCGAUAAUGAACAAUGUGACAUAAAUAUUUCGAAUAUUAGACAAUCUAUCAAUUUUGAACCGUUACCUAAAUCAAAAACAUUGUUUGCAGAACGAAAUGAUUCAUUAGAAUCAACCCUUAGAAAAGAAAUGUACAACAGUGAUAAUGAAAUAAAGAGGCAGGAAGUAAAUGUUUCGAAGAUUGGAUUCCAAACUGCUUGCAAUAAACCCAUCAAUAUUUCAGAACAGGCUUUAUCUAAAGCAAAAGCAUUGUUUGCGAAAUUAGAUGAUACAUAUAAAGCACCAGUUACAAAAGAAAUCGAUAAUAAAAUGAUGGGUUCAGAAACAAAAAUAUCGAAUAUAAGAUUGCAAUCUAUUAGUAGCACUGAUAUUUCUGAACAAAUAUCGAAAGUAAAAGAAUCGUUUGAACAAUUGAAUACUUCACUAGAAUCAGUUGUGAACAGAGCUAAUGUCAACGAUAAAGAGGAAAAUCGACAAGAAGCAAAAAUUUCUCCACGUAUUAGAUUUCAAACUGCUGGUGGUAAAUCUAUCAAUAUCUCAGAACAGGCUUUAUCCAAAGCAAAAACAUUGUUUGCGAAAUUAGAUGAUAAAGCACCUGUUGUGAAAGAAGUCGAUAAUAAAAUAAAGAGUUCAGAAACAAAAGUGUCAAAUAUGAAAUUGCAAUGUAUUAGUAGCUCUGAGAUCUCCGAACAGAUAUCGAAAGUAAAAGAAUCGUUUGAACAAUUGGACACUUCGCUGGCAUCAGCCGCGAACAGAGCUAGCGUCGACGAUAAAGUGGAAAAUGGACGAGAAGCCAAAGUUCCAAGUAUUGGAUUUCAAACGGCUCGCGGAACGUCUAUCGGUGUAUCGAAACAAGCGUUAUCCAGAACGAAAGCGUUACUUGCAGAUCUAUUAGAUGGUCCUUUAGAAAUGGACAUUCCCGAGAGCACUGGCCGCGACGAAGGGAUACAAAAACGUGACUUGGUAAUUCCGUACGGUGGACUGCAAACUGCGAGCGGUCGACAGGUACCGGUUUCGAGCAAUGCCGCAUUAAUAGCACGAGAAUUACUCACCGACGACUGUCCGGAUGAGAGUAAUCCUGGCUUGGCGCGCGCAUCGCUGCAGAAGCGCGAGCUAAGCGAGACUAAUGCAGACGAGAGCACACCCCAGGGCAGGAACCGCUUGUCCGAAAUGAAAAAGGUUCGUCUCAGCGAUGAGUUUCACGCUAGGAGACUGUUCGCUGAUAAUCCGUGCGUCGACGAGGCUCGAGGUCCGGAUGAGAAAGAGCCGGUACCUUUCGUCGCAGACUCCGUCCUGGGAUCGCCCAAGAGCGACGCGGUAGAAUCGACCGAAUCGGAUGCGGUGGGCAGUCCGGUUAUAGGAAGACAGCCUGUCUCGAGGAAGCGGAAGAGUUCGGGACAUCAAAGGAGGGAAGCACGAGCGGACAAACGGAUUCUGGACAAAGAGGAUGUAACGUCGCGAGAGAAUAUCGUGCGAAAAGCCGUAUCUCGCGGAGAACUCGAGGACGAUAAGCCAGAUACGGGGACGCGAAAACUGGCACAAGUUCCGGAGGGAAGAAUAAAAGAUGAUAACGUGGAAUCAAGAGAGUACGGCGACACACAGGUGAUGAUGGAUUUUAUCGACGAGUCGACGAAGAUCCUGCAGGAUCGUCUGGCAGCCGCGCUGGACCAAGAAGCGAUAAUUACCGCAAAGAGGAGGCACGGAUCGAAGCGAUCGGUGGGUCACCUGUACCGUUACAAACAGAUCAAUUUCAACGCUCGUUUGUCGUUGAGGGAAAUCAGCGGCGGCACAUUGCCAUUACCGCGUUCCUAUCGAGAGCUCGUCGACCGGCGGAUACCGCCGGAUGUCCUGGAGAUUACCGCCGCGACCGCCGCGUCCUACAGGUUCCGUUGCUCCGACUUUUACGGGAACGACGUGGCCUACGGUAAUGUUGGCGGGAUCGAGAUGGAGGACGGCGCGCGUCUGAUUCUGGACGAGAACGGAGACACGGGAGUCUGGGAGUUCCUGCGCGCGUUUCUCGCCGCUCCCGGCGUAGAUCCGAAUCUCGUUCCCGCGCGCUGGGUCGAGAAUCAUUACCGGUGGAUCGUGUGGAAACUGGCGUCAAUGGACCGAAUGAAGUUCAGCGAGAUCGAAUUACCCAGGAUGCUAACACCUUCGCGGGUAAUGGCACAGUUAAAGUAUCGGUACGAUCGAGAAAUCGAUCGGUUUCAGCGACCGGCAAUUAGACGCAUCUUGGAGAAGGACGACGUGCCGUCUAGGAGGAUGAUUCUAUGCGUGUCGUCUGUAGUAGAAAACAAUAACGUAAGUAUGGAGGUAGGGAAGAGCCCGCGUGUAGGAGUGCCAAAGUGGAGGAUAGAAUUAACCGAUGGCUGGUACAGUAUAAAUGCCUGUAUCGAUAUAGGUAUGGUGAGGAGCAUAUCGACUGGUAAAGUAAAAGAGGGCACGAAACUGGCGAUGUCCGGCGCGGAAUUACUGAAUUGCGAUCAAGGUUUCCAUCCGCUCGAGGUGCCGGCUGACGUGUAUUUAAAACUGCACACGAAUUCAACCAGGCGUGCACGAUGGGACACGAAAUUAGGAUACACGCCGUGUUCGGGCCCGAUACCCAUCAAGUUACGCAACGUAUGUCCGAGCGGCGGUUUAAUCGGCAAAGUGACAGUCGUCGUCGCUAGAGUGUAUCCAAUGUUAUAUCACGAGAAAACCGCAUCCGGGGAUUCGAUUGUCAGAAACGCUAAAAGCGAGGAGAAAGCGCAAGGCAAAUACGAGCAGCAAUGUUGGUCCAAGAUAGAGGCGUUCUACGCUAACGCGGAGGACUUUCGAAGAAAAGGACUUUCUUGCGAAACCGACGAUAUGGCGAUUCAAUUAAGUGAAGAUUAUGAAAACUUAUCCGAGGAAUCCAUCUCUAAAAAACGACGCGAUGAACUACUGCAAGAGCUGCACGAGAAGGAGGAAAGGUUCAAGCAGAGGAUGCAGUCCAAAUUGCGGGAGAGCUUGCCGGGACCGAGGCAGGUCUCCCAGCUGCUCAAAGUUCGCGUGUGCGACGAAAAUGCAAACGCUAUUCUCUCGGUUUGGUCGCCCAGCGAGGAGGUUGUCGACGCGCUCAAAGAAGGCGCGUGCGUUUCGCUCUGCAACGUCGUGGCUUCCGGAAAGAGGGGCACCGAAUUGCAACUCACCGCAAAUCGGUCCGCAAUUUUUCAACCGGGAAAGAUGCGCGACGCGUCUUAUCCCGCUAGAGCGUGCACGCCGCUAUGCGAAAUAACCAAUUCCGAGUUUGCUCCACCUUACGGAGAAUUCGACACGGUCGGUCUUGUCUGUUCCGUCGGUCCCGCCCCUUACGGUAUGAAGGACUUCGAGGCUGUGCAUUUGGCAUCUAACGAUUCCUCGUACCUCUCGAUAUUGUUUUGGCAAGGGAUAGCUGGCUAUGGCUACGCAGAGAUUCUUACUGUCGGAUCUAUCGUUGCGUGCAGCAAUUUAGAAUGGCGAAGAGCAACUUCAUGGAAUGUCCCGGCAGCGUAUUGCACGGAAAGAAGUAUUUUUACGCGGAAUCCUCGCCGAAAUCAUUUAUAUGAAUCCUUUGAAAAUCUGCGAAACCUAAUCACGGAUCCAAUUAAGUACGUUGAAAGCUGCACUUUCGAGCUUAAUGUGGAAUUACAAAAGAAGUCUACGCCUACACGCUUUGUGGCGAGUAAAAGUACUCCGAUUAAAAUAUAUAAUUCGAUGUCAAACGCCGACAAAAAAUUAGUCGACUAUACGUCGCCUCUGGCGAUACCAAAAUUAGGAGUGGUCGACAGUUCGAAUUAUCCUGCAGCUAAUCUCUCGAUUCAGAAACGACUGGAGAAACUUCAACAUUAUGAGGAACCGCCUGAACUGUCCCCUAUUAUUUUGAAAAAAUCCAAGAGGAUUUCUUUAGAUUUUCGAUCGCCCGUUUGCAUUUCAGAUGUAAAUUUGACGAAGGAGACCUUAAGCAUUAAUCAUCAAUCCAGUGAUUCAAAUAUACCCAUUACAGAACUAUGAGAAAAGCAUUGAUAAUUAUUCGUUGUUUAUUUGUUCUAAUUCUAAUUUUUUAAAACUAAUGUUAAAAUUUGUUAAUAAUUAGAUAUACAUAUUAAUAAUAAACUAUUUUUAUAAUUACAAUAAUAAAUUAUUUUUAUUUAACUUGCAUUUUCUAUCCAAAUUCACUUUGAUCCUUUAUCAAAGUACAAUUUAUAAAAAUCCCGCAUGAGAUUAACAAUUUUAUUACGAACACAAAGACAAUUACCGUUGCUUAUAAAUUUUGAAUCGAUAUAAUCGUUAAUAUCUAAUUAAUAUCGACUUUGUUGCAAGAAAUUAUUAUUUGUAGUUUCCUGAAAAAUUAUCUAGAGAGAGAAUCGUUCGUAAAUUCCCGAUGUGGGGCCCAGGUGUUAGUCCCAGCUGUUACCCCUCCGCAGCUGGUCAUUUUCACUACGCCUAUAUUUUAGGUGAAGUAUUAUUGAACUUGGAAGUUUUAAAUAUAUUUCUAGAGUGAUUCAUGAAAAUUUCAACUAACAAU